AUGUCGAACGGCGUCGCCAAUGGCACAACGAGCACUGGCUCUCCUCAGAGGUAUCUGAGUACCCGAGGAGACGACUACGACUUCUCCUUUGAAGAUGUUGUUCUCAAGGGUCUCGCCAACGAUGGCGGCCUGUAUAUCCCAGAGCAGAUUCCCAGCGCCAGCCAAUGGGAAAGCUGGAAGGACUUGUCCUUUGCCGACUUGGCCCUCGAGAUCCUCUCGCUUUACAUCUCGCCAUCUGAGAUUCCCCGGGAAGACCUGAAGGGAAUCAUCGACCGCUCCUACUCGACUUUCCGUGCCCCAGAGACGACACCCUUGCGACACCUCCACGACAACCUGUACUUGCUCGAGUUGUUCCAUGGCCCGACCUUUGCUUUCAAGGACGUCGCCUUGCAGUUCCUCGGCAACCUCUUUGAAUACUUCCUGGUGAGGAAAAACGAGGGCAAGACCGGCCGCGACAGGCAUCACCUCUCCGUAGUCGGAGCCACGAGUGGUGACACUGGCUCGGCAGCCAUCUACGGUCUGCGCGGAAAGAAGGAUGUCUCUGUCUUUAUUCUGCACCCCAAGGGCCGUGUGAGCCCCAUCCAAGAGGCCCAGAUGACCACUGUCCUGGACGCCAACGUCCACAACUUGGCCGUCACGGGCACCUUUGACGACUGUCAAGAUAUUGUCAAGGCUCUCUUCGCCGACCCCGACAUCAACUCGACCCUCAACCUCGGUGCUGUCAACUCCAUCAACUGGGCCCGCAUUCUCGCUCAGAUCGUCUACUACUACCACUCUUACUUCUCGCUCGCCAAAACCAACCCGGACUUCAAGGUUGGCGACAAGGUCAGAUAUGUCGUGCCGACGGGCAACUUUGGUGACAUCCUUGCUGGCUACUUUGCCCACCGCAUGGGUCUCCCCGUUGAGAAGCUGGUGAUUGCCACAAACGAGAAUGACAUUCUGGAUCGGUUCUGGAAGACAGGCAAGUACGAGAAGCAAGCUGCCCACGGAGCGGAGGCACAAGGUGGCCUGCCCCAGGACGGCGUCAAGGCCCACGAGGAUGGCGCCAAGGAGACUCUGAGUCCCGCCAUGGAUAUCCUGGUCUCGAGUAACUUUGAGCGGCUGUUGUGGUUCUUGGCCUAUGAAUUUGCCGAGUCAGCUCAGAUGGACGAUGAGUGGAACAAGAAGCAGGCCGGACAAGAAGUUGCAUCAUGGUUGAAGCAGCUCAAGACCAGUGGUGGUUUUGGCCCCGUGUACAAGGACGUCCACGAAGCCGCCAAGCGCGACUUCGACAGUGAGCGUGUUAGCGACUCUCAGACCGUUGAGACUAUCAAGUCUUACUUCAACAAGAUCUCCUACGUUCUGGACCCCCACACCGCCGUUGGUGUUGCCGCUUCUGCACGGUCGCUUCAGAAGGCUCCCCAGACGCCGCACAUUUCUCUGUCCACGGCACACCCUGCCAAGUUCGCCGGUGCCGUUGAGAUGGCUCUGAAGAGCGAGCCUAGUUUCAGCUUCGAGGAGAACGUGCUGCCUACUGAGUUUGUUGGCCUGGAGCAGAAGGAGAAGAGGGUUACCGAGGUCAACAAUGACUGGAAGGCGGUGCGCGAGAUUGUGAAGAAGCAGGUUGAGGAGGAGCUGCAGGCUGCCGCUCACUAG